AUCAAGAAAUUAUCCAAACUUGAAAAAUGGGGAGUUAUAUACAUCUAGAAAGCUUGUAACAUCAAGCAAGAUAUACAACAAUUUCUAUUUCUUAUCUCAAAAUGGUUUCUGAAUCCAAAAUCCAUCUCUUCUUCAUCUUUGCCCUCCCUUUUCUUCUGCAAAUCCAUCUCUCCGCUGGACAGAAUGCAGUUAAAGCCGCCUAUUGGUCCGCUGACAGCGAAUUCCCAGUGUCCGGCAUUGACUCCUCCCUCUUCACUCACCUCUUUUGUGCAUUCGCUGAUCUUGAUCCCCAAACCAACCGAGUCAUCGUUUCUUCUGCAAACGAAGCAAGGUUCUCUACCUUCACACAAACUGUUCAACAAAAGAACCCUUCAGUCAUGACACUUUUAUCGAUCGGUGGUGGAAACGCAAGUCAGGAUGAUUUUGCUUCAAUGGUUAGCCAAUCCAGCUCGCGAAAAUCAUUCAUCGACUCCUCGAUAAGUUUAGCAAGGUCUUAUGGCUUUCACGGCCUUGAUCUCGAUUGGGAGUACCCUAACACAACAGCAAGGAUGUCCAACCUGGGUUUGCUUCUCAACGAAUGGAGAGCCGCUGUGGCCAGCGAGUCCACCACAUCUGGCAACCCUCCCCUGCUUCUCUCCGCGGCUGUUUUUCGCAAUAAAGACUAUUAUACCAUAGAUUACCCCAUCCAAGCUAUAUCAAACAGCUUGGAUUGGAUCAACGUGAUGGCAUAUGACUUUUAUGGACCAGAUUGGUCCCCGACUUCAACAGGUCCUCCUGCUGCAUUGUACAACCCUGGAACUCAAAUCAGUGGAGAUUAUGGAAUCACAUCUUGGAUUCAGGCUGGUGUGCCUUCAACUCAAAUGGUGCUUGGAUUUCCCUUUUAUGGCUGGGCGUGGCGGCUUUUGAACGCUAACAACAACGGCCUCUUCGCACCAGCUAAUGGAUCAGCUCUGCCAGGGGAAGGCUCUAUAGGUUAUGGACAGAUAAAAACAUUCAUCAACCAAAACGGGGCAACAACUGUCUAUAAUGCGACUGUCGUAUCAAACUAUUGCUACUCUGGGACAACAUGGAUUGGUUAUGAUGAUACAGAGAGUAUUUCUGCUAAGGUUUCAUACGCUAAAGGUAAAAACCUGCUCGGUUACUUUGCAUGGCACGCUGGUGCAGAUGAUAAUUGGACCCUUUCCAAACAAGCAUCAUCUACUUGGGGGGCAUAGGCGAUGCAUAUACACACACACACACACAUAUAUAUAUAUAGGAGUUUAUGCACAGCAUGUCAAAUGCAAUGGCACUGACAUAUAUAGACAUGUUAUUAGGAAUAAGCAAACUAAGCUGUACUAUUCUAAAUAAUGAAAUUACAGAACAAUUUCUACUUUAGCUCA